CGUUUAGCUAUGAAGUAGCUACAUAACCUUGCGAUCAUAAUAAUAACAAAAGCGUCGCGGCUGAGUUUUGUUAUCAAAUAUUGUGUGUGCUAAAGUUCUGUUCCAAUAAACGCACUGUUCUGUUGUGAUGUGGAAAACGUGAUUUUGUCUAUAAUUUUCAAAGGAUGGGCGACAUAAGGGCCGGCCUCGAGGAAUUAAAAUUCGACGGGGCCCUUUUCGCCGAUGUUAAAUACUACGUCAGCGGCGAAGGUGAUCCCAAGAUCUUAAAUUUACUACAAGAAGGAGGAGCAGAAAGAUCAAAUUAUUUUAGUGAUUUUGUUACACAUUUAAUAGCAGGCUAUGAUGCAUUGGAAAAUGAUAUAUCUGCUGCAAAGGAUAUAUAUGAAAUACCAGCAGUUACGCAGAAUUGGAUUUUAUAUUCUGUCAGAUGCAAUAAACUUUUACCAUCACACUAUUUUUCACCUGAAGAUUCACAGUUAUUUUCAAAUGUAAGAGCAUGCAUAUCUCAAAUAAGCCGUGCAGAUAGUAAAAGCUUGUGGGCAAUGAUCACCUUUCAGGGUGGUAAAUGUCAAUUACAGUUAGACCGGUAUUGUACACAUUUAAUUACCGGAAAAGCUACUGGAUUGAAAUAUGAAACUGCAAUAAGGCAUCCUAUUCAAAUUGUAACACCAGAUUGGGUAACAGAAUGUUGUAGGAAAGGAACAAUCGUAAAUGAAGUGGAAUACCAUCCAAGACUUUUAAUAUAUUCGAAUAGUUCAACAGCUUUGAUUACUGGUUUUAUGGAUGAAGAUACAGAAAAUAGUACUGCACAAGAAGAACAAGAUAGAACUAAAGCCAUGUUGGAACAACUUAAGCAACGCAUGCCCUGGAAUCAACCAAGUCCACCUGUAUCUUCCAAUACCUCACAUAAUUUGAACACUGCUAAUGCAACCGUUACGACCGUUCCUUAUCCAACUAAUGCUCCAAAUAGUGUUAAUACCCAACAACAGCAUGUUUUACGACCAAUUGCAACCACUGGUUUAUCUAAUUCAUCUACAGUCUCGUCUUCUGCAUCUGAGCAAAAUGUUAAUCAGACUAAUUGGCUGCCACAAACUUCUCAGCAAAAUAAUGUUGCUCAAAUGAAACCUGUGCCAACACAGUUGCAACAGCAACAACAACAACAAUCCGAAUUAUCUCCUCAACAACCGCCACAGCAGCAACAAAUAAACGUACAACAACAUUCAUUAUUGCAACAACAGCAGCAGCAGCAAUUGAACCAACAGCAGCAACAGCAACUAUCACAACAGCUCACACAACAUCAACAAUUACAACAACAAACAUACACUCAGCAACAACUUAUAAGUCAACAACAAUCUCCACAAUUAGCGUCUCAACAACAGCUCAUAAAUACACAACAGCCACUCACACAGCAGUCACUCAUACCACAACAACAACAACAAAUCAACUCACAAAUACCUCAACAUCAAAUAUCAUCUCCUCAACAACUACUAACACAACAAAAACAAUUAAAUCAACAUCAGAUACUUUCACAGCAACAAAUCAAUCAACCACAACAUUUACCACAACCACAACAGAUUACUACUCAACAACAAUUAGUUCAACAACAACAAGUGCAAUUAACGCCACAGCAACAACAACAGAUAGUUUUGCAGCAGCAACAACUUCCUACACAGCAGCAGAUUGGAGCACAACCGCAUCCAUUAAAUCAACAACAAGCUCCUCCGCAGCAACUUACAUCUGAACAACGACAGCUCAUCUUAUUACAACAGCAACAACAGCAGCAACAAAAAAUUCAACAGAUUUCACAGCAGUUGCAACAAUCCGCACCUCAGGGUUCACAGCAGUUCGUUAUAAGAGACGGGCAAUUACAGCAGCAGCCUCAAAAUCAACAAUUAAUGGGACCGAAUCAACAAGGUUUUAUCGUACAAAGAGAUUCUCAGUGGCAACAGCAACAGUAUCAUAUGCAGGUACAACGACAACAGCAGCAACAAAGACCGAGUGGACAAUGGACCCAACAGCCGCCCCAACCACCGAGACAAUUGAUUCAAUUAGAUGCACAAACUCAUCAACAGCUGCAGCAAAUGGAUCCUCAACAGAGGGCUCAGUUUAUUCAAAAGAUUCAAAAACAAAGAAACUUAUUGCUACAGAGACAAAUGCAAAAUCGCCAAGCACAGCAGGGAGCGCAUAUCGCUGUUAUAAGAAGCCCAGGGAAGCCCGUACAGCCGGGUGGUUUACAGUGGGUCCAGCAACCGCAGUUGCCAAUGAUAGGGCCACAAAUUGCCCAAACGCCGGGCCAGAAACCGGUGCAUCCAGGAGUUCAGCCACCAGCUUUAACGCCAAUCAAUUCUUCUAAUCAGGUGAUCGUGCAGACCAGGCAAAACGUGCAGGGUCCUCAAACCGGUCAACCUGGCCAGCCGUUCCAGCAAGCUCAACCUUUAACACCGCAGCAUAUAGCGCAAUUACAUAUGCAGAAGCAGCAACAGAUGGCCAGGCUACAACAGUUGCAACACCUACAGCAACAACAGCAGCAGCAGCAGCAACAACAACAGCAACAAGGUGCACAGCCAGAGCCACCAUUGACUUCUUUGCCAAAUAACGCUCAGAUACCACCAGAUCAACAGUUGGUCGUAAAUGCAAAAACGAAAACCGCCUUGGCAAACAUGCUGACGAAUAGAUUACAAGGUAGUGCGACCGAAGGUAGCGCAGCCGGUCAGUUAAGACUAAUGACUGCCCAACACAGACCACCACCCCCACCGUCUCAGGACCCGCAGCUCCUUGCUGCCUACCAACGGAGAGCUGUUGGAAACAUCGCAAACGGGACAUCACCGGGAGCCCCGAUUAAGAUGCAGUACGCUCCGGUGAUGCCUCAAGCUAAGGCCCAGUUCUACGGUCACAAUCCAAACCUAAAACUGCCACCAGAUCUGUUUUUGCUAGGUUGUAUCUUUGUCAUCGUCGAAUACGACGUGCAACGUCCGAACGACGUGUCCGUUUGGAAGCAAGUGAUCGAAAGACACGGGGGAGAAGUGGAGCCUCAGUACUGCACCCGAGCGACCCAUGUGCUCGCGAUCACACAGAAACAUCCGACGGUGGUGCAGGCACUACGCGAAGGGAAACGUUGCGUCAGUGCUCACUGGCUAUCAGAUGUUGUCAAUAAACAGCAGGUACUACCACCUUGGCACGCGCUGCAUUUUCCAACGCCAUUCAGCUUGACAGAGCUUCCGUGCGCGAAACAAAUUGUAUCGUUGUCUGGAUUUGAAGGGGAGGAACGCGCGAAAGUGAAGUAUAUGCUGGAAGCGUUGGGAGCUAAGGUUACCAAUUACUUCACCAGGCACAACACUCUCCUCGUUUGCAGAAGCCUAGACGGUCAGAAAUAUAAAAAAGCUCGAGAAUGGCAAACUGGAGUGGUGAAUGCUCAAUGGUUAACGGAUUUGUUAUGCGGACAAAUAAACGCUAUCCAUCAAACGGAAAAUCCAAAAUAUCAACAGUACAGCCUGAGCAAUCCUUUCAGAUUGGAUUAUUCCCUAGUACCUCAUUUAAUGGGUGCAUGGAAAAUGCCGAUAAAUAUUACUCAGGAGUCGUAUGAUAAAGUGAAACAGGUUGGUCAGGGUCCAAAUUCGAUACGAAAAUACAAGAAGCCACGAUUAGAUGUACCGUUGCUAAACAAAGACCUACAUUUGUUGGGAUUAGAGGAACCAAUAGUUGUUAGCAAUCCUGAUCCACCAGCUCCGGAUAAACAACCGAGAAUAUUAUUCUCUGGCAUUAAUCCUAGGAAACAUGCAAAGAGAAUUCGAGAAUUAGGUGGUGCGCUGGCAGCCAGUUGGCGAGAUGCGACACAUCUCGUGAUGUCAACACCAAUGAGAACUGUAAAAUUAUUGUGUUGUCUGUCACGUUGUAAAUAUAUUGUCACGUUACAGUGGUUACUAGAUUGUUCCGCAAGGAACACGUUUUUAGAAGAAAGCGGUUACACGCUUGGGAAUCCAGAGUUCGAGAAGAAUUUUGGUUGUAAUAUUGAAAAGGCUUUGGCGAGCCCCAACCGAGGAACAGUACUUAAGGGUAAAAUAUUUUAUGUUACACCAAGUGUAAUACCCUCGCCACCGGCGAUGGCAGAAAUAAUUGAAAGUGCGGGUGGAACGAUGGAGAAAACACGAAGAUCAAUCUCACAGAUUCAAGAAUUGAAUAGUAAUAAACUAACUUAUGUCAUCGUCACUCACGAAAACGAUCUUUAUCUCCUAUCCGAUGUUUUACGUGCAAAUAUCAGUGUGUUCAGUGCAGAAAUUGUAUUAGGAGCAGUUGCACGACAAUACUUCCAAGCAGAACAAGUCUAAACAGAGAGCAGUUUUCAAAACACUGCAUUUUAAUUCCUGAUACGAGCUUACUAAAUUCUUAGUAAGCUAUUUUGGAGAUGACAAAUUUUUGCUUACCUUCUUCAAUGGGACAAUAAAGAGCAUAAUUUUAUGAUA